AUGUUCCUACGCGUCAGCGAAACCAGUUCUCUUAACCGCACGGUCUACCGUCUGACUGGCAAACCACUGCAAGAGGUCGACGCUCAGAAGGACUUGGAUAUAUGGAUCACAACCUUUCUUAAGCCUUCGCUGCAAUGUUCAAAGGUGGACAAGUCGGUGAUGUCCAUUCUAUACCUCGUCAAACGGGCGUUCUCCUCCUUUGAUGAGGGCUGCUUCGCCAAGGCCUUCCAAACCUUUGUGCGACCGCAUCUGGAGUUUGCUAUCCAAGCAUGGAGACCCUGGACCGCUAAAGACUUCGGCAUACUUGAAAAAGUUCAACGGCGAGCAACGAAACUUGCAUCUGGGUAG